AUGGACGUGCUUUUGACAUUUGUGUUAUUAACAUGCGCUCACCAAGCAGUAUGGGGAGAUGAAGAUGUGUCUCUCCCUGAUCUUCCACCGGGAGAGGCUCCGGAGCCAAUCCUGACGUUUAUGGAGAGGACUUACAAAACGGGCCGAGCUCGAGCUGCGUUUGAUGCAGGCUCUCCACUUCUACUUACACCCUACAUUGAAGAGAAGAAACUUGACGAGGCGAGGAAGGCGGCCUACGUAGAUCCUGAAUAUCUGUUGCCUGAUAUGGACAGUUAUGCGGGAUACCUUACUGUAAACAAGAAAUACAACGCGAACCUAUGGUUCUGGUACUUCCCAGUGUCAGGUAAAUCUGUGGAGGAUACUCCAUGGAUCAUCUGGCUCCAAGGAGGACCCGGUGCUUCCUCACUGUAUGGCCUCUUCACAGAAAUCGGACCUUUCUUCGUCUCCACCGAAAAUAAUUUGGAAGAAAUCCGCUACUCUUGGGGUAAAAACCAUUCGUUGCUGUUCAUCGACAACCCAGUGGGAACUGGAUUCAGUUUCACAGAUGACGACAGAGGAUAUGCUACCAAUCAAACCACGAUCGGAGAGAACCUAUACAACGCUUUGCAGCAGUUCCUUACCAUUUUCCCUGAACUCCGAAAAGCCCCCCUCACUAUUGCUGGCGAGUCUUAUGCCGGUAAACAUAUACCUUCGCUCGGAGUACAGAUCCUGUGGCAUAAGCAUGAAGACGAGCCUAUUAAUCUACAGGGUCUGGCUAUCGGCAAUGGUUUCAUCGAUCCCGUCUCCCUGCAACGAUACAGUCACUUCGUGCGUGAGGUCGGACUAGUAGAUGACAAUGUAGCCAAGUCCAUGAACGAUCUGGAGACAGCGGUCAUGCAGUUCAUCAAUAACGGAGAGAUGGUGAAAGCUUACGCGUACUACAACUAUCUGCUCCAACUAUUCCUGUCUCGUUCAUACCUUUCGAACCUGUACAACUACUUGCAAGACGACAUUGACCUGGAAGGCGCGUACAUGGAUUAUAUUCAGAGGACUGAAGUCCGCAAGGCGUUACAUGUUGGCAACACCAACUUCACGUCGAUUGGCGUUGUGUAUCGCAAGCUUGUACCAGACUUUAUGGGAAGCGCUAAAAUGUGGCUCGAAGAACUACUCGAAAACUAUAGGGUGAUGCUUUACAAUGGUCAUUUGGACAUCAUAGUGGCAUACCACCCGUCAUGCAGUACUUACAGUUCGUUAUCAUUCUCCGGAUCAGCAGCGUACGCGAAGGCCAAGCGAACUCCCUGGUAUCAUGAUGGAAAAUUAUCUGGCUAUUACCGAGAGGCUGCCAACCUUACAGAAGUUAUGGUCAGAGGUGCCGGACACAUGGUGCCCGCGGACAAGCCAGCAGCUUCCCUUGGCCUCAUCUCAGCGUUCGCCCGCGGCAUAUCUCUGAAGGAAGAUACCGCCAGCCUCGUGGAUUCAGGAAAAAACUUGCUGCGACGACGUCAAUUGCCACUGAAGUAG